UAUUUAUCGCGCCAAAACCGGAACUUAUGAUGAAUGAUAAUAAACCCAUUAGUAAAUAGUAAUUAGUCUGAUUUUUGAUCUUAACUCUAAAGUUGUUGUUCGAAGUUCAUCCAUCCGAUCUAUAGGCUAAAUAAAUUAUUAAACGGAAAUUCAAUCUAAUGUUGUACCCAUCGUAAAAGUAAACCAUCAGUCGUGACUCGUAUAUUAAGAAUUUUGAUUGUGAUUUGUUAUUGUAAUUUUUAAAGCUCGGGUUUUACUUUUUAACCCGUGUACGACGAAAGAUUUAAAGCAAUCAUCUCAAUUGUUGAAGUUGUUUAUUUUCCUAGUUUCCUAUUAUGAAUGCACUCAAGUGAAAACACACACAGAAACUAUUCAGAACCAGCUUACUUGGUGACGGCUACGGCGAUAUCGUAUACUGGCAGUCUUCGUUCUUUGAACAGCAAACAUGGCAUCGGACAAGAAAAACGUUUACGAGUUCAUGGUCAAAGCCAAUAGACCGUUCAGUAGCAACGAUGUGUUUUCAAAUCUACUGCGACAGGGUGUCGGAAAGUCGGCUGUGGAAAAAGCUCUUGAUCAGUUGGUAAAGGAUAACAAGAUAUUCAUGAAGUUGAAUGGUAAGCAGAAGAUUUACUGUGUAGUGCAACCGGACUCUACGGUGGAAGACCAAAACGAAAUCCAGUCGAUGGACGAGGAGUUGGUAAAAAUUAACGACGCACUGCGUGAAGUCGAGCGCAAGUACAAAGAAUCCGAAGUUGAAGUGAAAACGCUCCAGGGCACCUACAGCACCGAGGAAGCAAAACGCAGGGUGGCCGAAUUGGAAAAAACCGUAUCCGAACUAAAAUCGCAAUUGGAUCAAAUGUCGAAAACAAGUGGUAACGCAGUGUCGUUAAAGGAUAGAGGACAAGUGAAGAAGGAAUACGAAACGGUCACCAAAGAGUAUAGGAAACGCAAACGCAUGUGUACGGACAUAUUGGACUCGAUCUUGGAGAACUGUCCGAAACCAAAGAAAGCCCUUUUCGAAGAAAUCGGAAUAGAAACCGACGAGAGCGUCGGCAUGCCGGCACUGUGAUCUUGACCGUCGUGUUAAAAAUAUUAUUAUUUUUUUUUAUGUUUAUUAUACUUAAACUUUGUUUACCCGCGAAAUUAUGAUGCCAGCAAUGCUUAUACGAAUUUUCG